AUGCCAUCAGCAGAAUGCGAUCUUAAAAUGACAUCAAACGAAAAAGGUUUAUUGAAUGCCGUUUUUUUAGCCGGUGGUCUUGCAAGUGCUUUUUUUUGGGGUAUACUUGCCGAUUUGGUUGGUAGGAAAAAAAUUUUAGUUUUUUGUCUCAUAUCAGAUGCAAUUGUUACAAUAUUAUCAAGUUUUUCGCAAAAUUUUUUAUUAUUUUCUAUUUUUAGAUUUUUAAACGGUUUUUUAAUUGGAGCUCCAGGAAGUAUAGUUGUGGCUUAUUUAGGUGAAUUUUUAGCUAAUAAACACAGGCCCCCCAGUUUAUGUGCCAUGGGUUUUUUUUGGACGGUAUCAUGGAUGAUACUUCCGGCGGCAGCUUUAGGUAUAAUGCCGAUAACAUGGUCGUAUAGAACGGAAGGUUUCAUUUAUAACUCGUGGAGAAUUUACGUAGCCAUUUUUUCCAUUCCCACUCUAAUUUGCGGUAUUAUUUUGGCAAUUUUUUUUCCCGAAAGUCCUAAAUUUUUAUUCAGUCAAGGUAAAGAAGCGGAAACGAUUAACGUACUAACGCAUAUGUAUAAAAUGACGUACGGUGAUAAAUACGGAAAUUAUCCUGUGAAAAGCAUAAUGGCAGAAGAAACGGAAACACCGACUCAACCAAUGUUUAAAGAUUCCGACAUUAAUAUUCGUCCGACAAAAGAAUCAAAUGUUUUAUUAUAUCAAGUAUUAAAACAAGUAUGGUCUCAAAUAGUAUACCUGUUUAGUCAUCCGGUUAUUUAUUCUACUGCACUUGCAUCCUCGCUGUUGUUUUCCAAUAUGUUCGGGUACUACGGAUUAGGACUUUGGUUACCAAAAUUAUUUAACAGGUUUGAAGAUUAUUAUAAGACAUCAAACGUUUCCGCGACGGUUUGUGAAAUAACACAUAUGAAAAUGGAAACUUCUCCAAAUAUUCCAUUAAAUUCAUUCAAAUCAGACAAUAAUAAUAAUAAUAAUAAUAAUACGUUAAAUUAUUCUUUGCCAUUAAAUUUAGACGAUGAAUGUUCGACUUAUGAAAUAAGUUCAUCCGUUUUUAUAAAUACAUUUAUUAUAGGAGCUUCUUGUUUGAUUGGCAACAUUCUUUCCGCCAUAUUAGCUAAAAGAGUAGGACUUAAAAUAUUAACAAUCGUGACAGCCAUAAUAUCCGGUUUAUCCGCCAUUGCCAUUUAUUUCUUAAGGACUCCUAAUCAAAAUCUUUUAAUUUCUUGUAUAUUUCUUACAUUUGUUGGUACUGGAAAUAUGGUCAUCACUUCCGUCAUCGUUGAUUUAUUUACAACUAAAGUGAGGGCUUUAGCCGUUUGUACGGCUGUUUUUGCUGGAAGGCUCGGAGCGGUAGCCAGCAAUUUAACUUUAGGAUACGUUUUAGAUAUUAGUUGUGAAGUUCCUAUAUUUUUAAUGGGAUUUGUAAUAUUAUCUGGAGCCAUAUUGGGAUUCUUUUUACCAAAAGAUAGACAAAUUAAUUCAAUUGAUAAAGAUUCAGAUACGUGA